CGCAUGCGCGUGGAAUUAAAACACCUUGCACGGAGGGGGAUAUACCGGAAUAAGGCGACUGACAGACCGCGAGCAUGAGCAGCGCCCUCCAACCCGUCCUCAAAAUGAAGGUGGACGAGCUGUUCCUGCACUGGCUGGGCGAGACGCCCACACAGCUCCUGCUGAAGGACUGUCUGCGGCGGAUAAAGAGCGGCGAGAAGCUACCGGUGCUGAGCGAUAAUAACUGCGAGGACUAUGGGGCGGCUCCGGUCUGUAACAAGAGCCAGCUGCACCACCGGCUACUGGAGCACCUCUCCAUCUCCUCCAUGGCCCCCUGCAGCCCCCCAGCACACUCACCGGCAGCACUACCGGUGGCCAGCUUCGGCAGCCCCCGGAGCGGACUGACACCCCGCAGCCGCCGGUCUGUGGGAGCCCGAGGGGUGAGUUUAUUAUACCCAGUGUAUUAUAGCGUUAUUACCGGCUCGAUAUACCCAGUGUAUUAUAGCGUUAUUACCGGCUCGAUAUACCCAGUGUAUUAUAGCGUUAUUACCGGCUCGAUAUACCCAGUGUAUUAUAGCGUUAUUACCGGCUCGAUAUACCCAGUGUAUUAUAGCGUUAUUACCGGCUCGAUAUACCCAGUGUAUUAUAGCGUUAUUACCGGCUCGAUAUACCCAGUGUAUUAUAGCGUUAUUACCGGCUCGAUAUACCCAGUGUAUUAUAGCGUUAUUACCGGCUCGAUAUACCCAGUGUAUUAUAGCGUUAUUACCGGCUCUAUAUACCCAGUGUAUUAUAGCGUUAUUACCGGCUCGAUAUACCCAGUGUAUUAUAGCGUUAUUACCGGCUCUAUAUACCCAGUGUAUUAUAGCGUUAUUACCGGCUCGAUAUACCCAGUGUAUUAUAGCAUUAUUACCGGCUCGAUAUACCCAGUGUAUUAUAGCAUUAUUACCGGCUCGAUAUACCCAGUGUAUUAUAGCAUUAUUACCGGCUCGAUAUACCCAGUGUAUUAUAGCGUUAUUACCGGCUCGAUAUACCCAGUGUAUUAUAGCGUUGUUAGCGGCGAUGUACCCAGUGUAUUAUAG